AUGGAAUUUCUUUUAUUGAUCAAUAUUGUGGGGUCAUCGUUUGAAUAUCACGAAAAUGCUCUUGAGGUGAAUUACAUUAAUUCUUCAUUCAACAACGACCCAUCCAUGAUUAAAUUAUUCGAAUACGUCAAAGAUAACGUCUUUGAACAUGGUAAUUCAUCAAGUGGAUACAUAAGUGUUUCAAUAUUACCAUUUCCAAUGGAUAUAAUUGACGCUAAAAAAUGGAAUAAAUUAUACAACUAUUGUGAUGAAGAUUAUGUAGCAUUAGUUAAAUUUUGUAUUCAAAAAGGCAAUACGCCAUAUCUAUAUGGUCACGAAAAGUCUACCUAUACUCAUGGACAGUUUUUUAGGCAACCAAAGAUAGAAGAUGGAUUACUUCAUUAUGGACAAGAUGGAUUGUCGAUGAAAAUGAAAGCUGAUCGUAUAAUUUUUGAAAAAGAAAAAUCUUCGGCAACACCAUACGGAGCAAUAUAUUAUGAUUAUGAUUACAUCGAUCGCUUAAAUAAAUGGGGCAAAAUUGCUAUUUCUAGAUCAUACAAUGAACAGGAAUAUAUAGACUACUUCAUUUCAAACGAUUUUCCACUAAAUCGUUUAAGAAACUUGCUGAAACUUUUGGCCAAAGAUUCAUUAGAGUUAGUACGACGCCAAAUUGAUGAAAAAGAAAACACUGAACGCUUGUUAAAAUACAAUCGUUUACUCCAAAAAUAUUGUGUAAAAUUGAUCCAACAUUGUGAGGAAUAUUUGGAAAAGCAGGCAAAAAGCCAGAAAGUCCCUAUAACAUUUUAA